AUGAAUUCGGACUUUGUUAUGGACGUUAUCGAGCUAGAGACGCUCGUGAACAGCCCUCCUCGCGGAUUCACUGUCGAGAGUCGCGCGGGCUGCAGAGUCGUGAAGUGGGAUCAGGAGAACAGCUGCGUGUUCAUCGAUGAGAUCCAGUCUAGCGAGGGAAAAGUGAUUUUCUGUAAUUCUCCAGGAAGGAAUGUCAUAGUACGUACUUUGGGAGAGUACACAGAUUUGAGACGACAGCUAACCUCAAAAACAACAUACGUCCUGGUGUCCGCAUGCACCAAAUCAAAGGUCGAAGAAAAGAGAAACGGAGAUGUUACAGCUCUUGGAUAUUAUGUGGUGGCGAUCAACGGCAGUCAUCCAAUGAUCAGAUGGGAGAUGGAGAGAGGCUUAGACAUGACUAUUUCAUCUGUUGCUGGAGAGAGUUAUACAGUUGAUGUUGAUGUUAGUGCUGCACUACAGGGAUGGGUCGGUGAGAGCUUUCAAAUCCUUGUUGAUGGAAAAAAGGUGAAACCCAUCUGGAAAGACACACAUUUCAUCAUCAAGUACCGUUCUGACGCCCUUUUUGACUUUCCCUACUGGUUCGCUCUUGGAUAUUAUGUGGUGGCGAUCAACGGCAGUCAUCCAAUGAUCAGAUGGGAGAUGGAGAGAGGCUUAGACAUGACUAUUUCAUCUGUUGCUGGAGAGAGUUAUACAGUUGAUGUUGAUGUUAGUGCUGCACUACAGGGAUGGGUCGGUGAGAGCUUUCAAAUCCUUGUUGAUGGAAAAAAGGUGAAACCCAUCUGGAAAGACACACAUUUCAUCAUCAAGUACCGUUCUGACGCCCUUUUUGACUUUCCCGACUGGUUCGGCUUCAGCAAACGACAGUUCAAGGUCUCUUACCAUGGAAGAGGAGAUCAACACCCAAAAUGUUCUGUGAAACCGCAAAUAUCUUCUGAAAACAGGCUUCGGUCUGUGGAAACUGAAGCCCCAGAUGAGGAGACCAUUAAAACACCUUAAAGGACUGUUUUAUUGUAAAUAAACCUUUAUUAUGUCAGCAGUAAUACAAAUUAAAAAAUUCAUAAAGAAAUGGAGAUCAUUGGAAUUUAAUCUUAAUUAUAAUUCUGUUGAAGCAGAAAGAUUUACAUCCUCACAUUGUAAACUAGCAAACACAAGAUAGUUACAAUACUUUUUUAAAUGGGUCACUUUAUGCAAAAGUGCCCGAAUGUGUUCCAUUCAUUGCUUUAAAUGGGUCAUAUCAUAAGGAAUCAAAUUUUCCUUGAUCUUUUCGGAUAACUGAAAUCAAGCCAAACAAAUAGAUGAUUUCGCAACUUUUGAUGUCACACAGAGUAAAACAUCACGCUAUACUCUAGUUUUACACAUUUCUUGUGCUGUGUAGCACCUACACUCUGCAUGUACUUCUAGAGAAUCAAUAGAAAUGUGUAGUUAGUUAUACUAUACCUAAUAAUUUCAGUCUGACAUUUCAGCACUGAUUAGUUUGUAAUCCUGUCAUGUAAUGCAGACUUUGCAAAGAGGCUGAGGAUUUUGCUGGACUAUAUUUCACGCAACAGGAAACCUGCAAUCUGGUGUGUGAGCAGAACUUGGCGCUUUUAAAGGCACAGUAAUAAAAAACUGACCAUUCAAAUCUAAAGUUCACAGAGAGGUGUGAAAUAGGUUAUGAAAACUAAACUUUUUUUUAUGACAAAUCUUUACUAACCUUACAUGUUGACCUUGAUGGAAAAAAACUAAAGCAUGAUAUGACCCGUUUAAAACAUUUCUUCAAAUACCUUAUACUGGGAUAUUAAUGGUAAAAACAGCCUUUUUUUUAUCUUCUUUUGUUGAUUUGUA